CACACCUGCGCCGCUCCGGCCCAUGUGUCGUUUCCCACAAACGGGUCCAAGGACCAACCAACAUGUCGAUUGAGGCAUCAAGAGAGAUUGACCCCAGCUAAUUUUGGUAGGCAAUCUUGACGACAUAUAGUUUGGUCGUCGGUUCGUUCAUGCCCGCGUAGCCUUCCGGUAAGCACUUUCUGGUAGCACUCAGCGAUCUGUGGGGAACCUCUGUAGCGAGAUGGAAAAGGAGUUGCAUCACAACAAGCCGACGCCUGGCCCCUGUCGAUGGCGGACAGGGAUGGGAGAGGAGGACGAGGGACGGAGUGAGAGGGCGGCAGUGACAGGGUGGCAGGGCGUGGCGUGGUGGGUGCAUGGCGGCUCCGACAGCAAUCAGGCACGGUUUCAGAGCGGAAGCUGCCCAUUUCCAUCCCAUCUGCAGCCUACCUCCAUUCAUCCAGAGUCCCGAAAAGGGAGCACCCUGUAGCCAACCCGCCCAGGUACAGCUGGCCCUGCCAUUGCCUGGAAUGCCACACAGCGCUGCCCGCCUCUUUGGCAGGUAGUCUCAGACCCUGCUCGUACUCUGGCCCUGACUGCGUGCUGUCUCCAUAUCAUCCUCUGCCCACCCUCGCCUGCCGGCUUGGGCUCGCCGCCUUUUGUUUUUGAUCUUGUUCCCCUUUCCCACGCCAACAAAGCAGCAACAUCGCCAGUCCAUUGCCAGUCCGUCCAGCAGAGACGGGAUCUCAAGCUGGUGUUGCUCGCUCCCCAAGAGGUUCCGCAUACUUAAUAUUUAUCGCUACUCACCACCCGCCGGACACAGCACGUCCUACUGAGUGUGCGAAUCUUGUUCAUUAAUCCCGAAUGUUUGGAUAAUCGAUACACCGCCGCCGCCGCUCGCUCUGUCCCCGACCGCCGCUAGCCUUUGCGGCUGGGCCUCGUGCGACCUCGCACCAACGAUCGACGACCACACCCCUCGGCCCCAAGCAACCAAAAGCAAAAAAAAAAAAAAAGAAAUACACAACAAAAAAAGAGCCAACAAGCAAUCCGGAAACGAGAGCUUCACCAGAUAGGCCAACCGCACAUCGGGCGAUGCCGUCCUUCGCACCCGCCUCUCCUGAAGGUAGCCUCAUCGCUAGCUCGGACACCAUGGACGACUACUCGAGCCUGCACACCACCAGCCACCACUACCACCAGCAUCUGAGCGGCGGGAGGGCAAGAAAGCAGAGCCGGUCCAUGAGCCCGUUCCUCAAGACGCACGGACUACAUGGCGGCAAGGAGAGCCGGAUCCCGCAGCACCACCAGCAGGUCCAGCACCAGCAGUCGCAGGAGCCCGACUACUACGAGAGGAAGAGCACGAGCAGCAGCCUCGUGAGCAGCAUCUCAAACGGUCGUGCUAGCGACGCCCCGCCAACCACCAAUACCACCAAGCAGCGUGACCUCGAGUCUGGUCUGCCCCCGCCGCUGACCAGGGAGGAGUUUGAGGCGCUGCCGGUGGCCAUCCAACGAAAGUACUUCUCCACACUCGAGCGUCUUCAGUUUGCUCAAUCCUCCAGCGGCGUGGAUGGCAUCUUCAGGCAUUACUGCGAGACCUCGAAGCGCUCUAGGCCCCGUCCCGAUAAGGGAGCUGUCGAGCCCUCGGCUGGUCGGAGAGGGCGCCUGUCGCUGCAGACAACGACCGACAACACAGUCGACACCGACUUGGUCACCUUGACAGACACACUCCCCGGCAGGAUUCAACGCCACCAACUCACUCGCGAAGAGCAGGUUGCCCUGGUUAGGAAUUUGCGAGCAAGUGUCAUCCUCGACGCUGCCGACGAGGCCAUUAGCAGGGUCCGCCGGGCCAGCACGGAUUACGGAACCAGUAUCUGCUCGCCCGAACGGUUGAGCAUGGAGUCGCUGCGGUGCGAGCUGCCCGACACGGCACUGCACGGCGGUAUCCGGGUCGUGCCAUCCGAGGAUGCCCGGCCCACGGGGGCCGACUCAAUCUGUGAUAGCUUUCGCUGGAUGGAUGACGACGAGGACCUCGACCUCCGUCUAUUCCUCAACGACUACCACGCCAACCUGCGCGACACGCUGCCUCAGCCAACCAAGGACAACCACCCUUCCUUCCGAAGGCACAUGUCCACCAGCAAGAUCCAGUUUGGCCGGUCCUCAGUGUCUUCUAGCAGGCCGGGCACAAAGGGUGCCAGCACGCCGACGAGCCCGCUACAAAGCCCAAUCAUGGCCCCAAUCAACACCACGCCUGCGCCACAUGUACGCAGGCGGUCACGAACUCUGUCUCUGAUCACGGCCAAGCACACCGCUGCAGAAUCGCGCGAGACACUGCCGCCCAUCGACCCCGCGGCAGCACAUUACCAGGACCCCGAGGCUCGACUGAAGCUGAGGGUAUAUCUGGCGUCUCCCCAAAAGUUCGACGAGGCAAUCGAGUUCGGCUUCCCCUCGACCGACCCCCGGGCCCCGCCACCUGUCCCCGCCAAAGACACAACCUCGCCACCCAGGAGUCACUCGAGACAGCAUUCGUCGCGUGCGCCAUCUCGGGCUGCUACUCCAGGGAAACUCGAGACGUUCCUUGCCGAUUUCGAUGACGACGACAACGAGAGCGACGACAAGCUCUCUUGCAGCGACCAGGUUUCAUCGGCAGAUCCCGAGUCUCCCAAGACGCCUCACUCCACCACGGACAGGAGCAUGAUUCGGCCGAUGCGUCCCCCCAGGGUCCCCUCUCCGGACGACUUUGGGCAAGCCCCGGGAUCAUCCCGCGAGAUGACGCUGAAGAUGACGCUGACGCGACCGGACCUGCGGGCGACGGAGGAUCAGAUCUACGGCUGGAAGCAGCAGGGGGCUUAUUACAUGCGCAAGUCCCAGUCGACGGGCGGACGCGAUGACAUGUUCCCGCCAACCUUGCCCAAUGAGAAGGACAUCAUGGACAGGAAUCCCGGUGGCCUCGACCAUUGGGGGCCUCCACAGGACCAAAACGUCAUGAAGCGCAUCUGGAACCGCGUGAGGAGAUCGUGAGGUGGUUAGACCUGGUGUUUCUUUGUUUGAUUGGCUUGCUCCAUUAUUAGCGACAGCACGAAUUUCCUUUUUGUUUUUGCAAUACCCGUUGCCUUACGACAUAUCAAAGAAAGUACCUUCUCUCUAACUCAAUACAUACAUAUAAUGUCUGUCAUAUUCUCUUCUUCAUUAUUUCACUCUUGCCUCUGACAUUUUGUCCUAUGUUAUCGGGAUGGCUGGCACCCGCGGCUCCAUGUGGAUGGGCUAACAGUCGGGCGGCACAGCUUGAUGAAUCAAACUUCUCCUACAUUCAUGCAUGCAUGCAUACCCAGGCAUUCGACAUGCCUUCUGUCCGCCAAUAUCGUGCAUUUCGGUAACACGAGUUAGGGGCUUGCUCUUUCUUUUUCGUUCAGCCGAGACCCGCCCCAGAAGGCCUGAGCAAGGGGCUGAUGCAUGCACUGCGGGCGCCCCGAGGGGAUGACGCGAAAAAGCAAAGAAAAAAAAGGGUGCAUUUGAGGACACAUAACUAUACUUGGUGAUGACUAUAGAAGAAGUAAAAAUGAAGGGGUGAGAGGGAGACGAGGCCCGUGUCGUGGUGUGCGGGGGUCACAGUGCCAAGGCGGCCUGAGCGGAAGGAGAAUCUCUUUCAUACAGUAUGCCCUUUUUCCCUCCCUGCGGUCCCUAGAUCCAGCAAGGGUGACUGAUGUGUGGGCAGCGGACACGGUUGGGAGGGGAAGGGCCGGGGUCUGGGCUAGAUUCAGCUCGCCUCCGCGCGGACAGGCAUCAAGGUGUGCAUUUCGUUUACGACCGAAGAAACACACAAGCACAAUGAUGUGAGAAAGGAACAGGUGGUGGAUGGCUCGGCUACGUGUG